CGUGCCCGCCGCGCAUGCGCACACACGCCGGUUGGAAGGUCCCGAGCCCGACGCGGAUGAUGGCGGAGCUAGGGGAGGCGGACGAAGCGGAGUUGCAGCGUCUCGUGGCGGCCGAACAGCAGAAGGCGCAGUUCACUGCACAGGUGCAUCACUUCAUGGAGCUAUGUUGGGAUAAAUGCGUGGAGAAACCAGGGAAUCGCCUAGACUCUCGCACUGAAAACUGUCUCUCUAGCUGUGUGGACCGCUUCAUUGACACUACUCUUGCCAUCACCAGUCGGUUUGCCCAGAUUGUACAGAAAGGAGGGCAGUAGGCCAUCCCCUGGGAGAAUGACAGAAGCAGCAAAGGACUGGUUAUUAAGCUGACUGAAGGGCCAGUGGGGGAAGGUUGUCAGCCCACUGUCAGGCCAACUUCAGGCUGUCAUCAAGCCUGUGGGUGCUAAAAAGUAACAGAUCAAAUGUUCAAAAAGUGAAAUUUAUUUGGAAUUCAGAAAUUCUACCUUGUAUCACAACAGUUAUUCAAUAAAUGUGAAUUCUCCAA